AGCAAUUCUUCCAUUUCUUUUGCACAUUUCUUUAGCAUUCAAAGCAGCAAACACUCGCACAAUCCAACAAACUUGCAGAAAAAAAAACACAAAAUAUCUCCCCUCCGAACUUUCCUUCGCAAUGCCGUCCUCUGCUGUUGACAAGUCUAUCCGCGUCUACUACCGCGGUAACAAGUACGACAUUCCUGAGGAGUUUGCCACCCGGAUGCAUCCUGGUGGAAAAGACAUCCUGAUGCGCUACAAGGACAGCGACAUCACGGAAGACUUCGAGAAGACGCGGCAUACCGUGGACGCUGUUGUGAUGUUAAAUUCAUGGACUGCUGGCAGUGUUGACUACGCCAUUCCCAUGAAAUCAGUGUCGAUAUUUGAAUCUGACAACGGGUGCGAAGAAACAGAGACGAAGGAAAGCGAGAAGACGAAACGCUGGAAUUGCCUCGCGAUAGCGUUCGGCAUCGCAUCGAUCGUUGCAGCCAUGCAGAUGAGAAAACACUAA